AUGAAUCAACGCCUAAAAAGCCGGAUACAACUAUACUUCGGUAGUCCAGGUAGCCGUCCUGAUGUUAACCAUCGAGCUCCGAUAUGUGCUCAUCGCAAUCUAUCGACAGAGAAAACCCUUAAUGCAAAGAACGUGACUCAAGAAGAAACGAGGACCCUGUCUUCACGCAGCGAUCAAACUAGCAUCGAUCAUGGUGAACUGGGAUGCCGAAAUGGAGAAGUUUGGACAGCUUUCAACUAUACAGGAUUACGCAAGGGAGUUUCGGACAAAACGUUGGACCAUAUAGUGAAUUUUGCUGGAUCACGAUUCGUGUUUUUCUUUAUGUGGGCUACCCUCGUCGCUUGGACUGUAGUGGGCAUUAUUUACAAGGCCCCCGACAACUGGCAAGUGGUAAUGCAAGAUGGACAGUCUCUUCAAAGUUAUUUUUGGGACACACUAUUAAUGAGGCAGCAACUCAAUAGUAGUUACAAACAUGUUUGGAUUUGCUCAAACCUAAGAUCUCGUCUGAGUACCUUCAAAAAAUUUUUGGCAAUGGAAAAUAAUAAAGGCUCUGUCACUACUGUAUAUGGGGAGCCCUCCAGUGAAAUCUCAGGAGCACUGCCUGCCGAAAGUUGGUAUGACACCAUUUGCUCCCGAGCCAGUGAGGUGAUUGGCUCGCUUUCCAACAUGAUACUCUUUUGGCUCGGUAUUCUCGCUUGGGUAGGUUGCGGAGCCGUUCCAAUCUCGACAGAUCGGGAUCCGCCAUUUACCGGUAGAUACUCUGGAAGCAACCCGGAGUAUGUUAGAUUUAGCGACAAGUGGCAGCUCUACGUCAACACGGGAACCGCCGUUGCGAUUUUAAUCUGUACCGUAUUCCUUCAAAAUAUAAGGGCAAGACAUGACGGGUUUAUUGAAAAAUUUAUUCUGGACAUCUUGAUCAUGGAUCAAAAAAUCGAACGACAUCUGCGGACUUAUUUCUGCGACUUUGAAACUGAAAACUCAAACGUUUGCAUCCCUAGCCCGAAAACUAAUAGAGGCGCUAAACUGAUUGACUGGUAUUCUGAUGUGAUCGGCACCGGAAUUGGACUUUUCAUCGCUUUCGCCGUUAUUGCUGCUUGGCUGGCUAUCGGAAAAACUAUGUCCUGGAAUGACAAUUGGUGGCUUAUUAUCGGGACGUACACGGGGUUGGUAGGUUUUCUUGAUGGGUUUGUGUUGAGGCACGUGUAUUUCAGGGUUGUUUGUCAUGAAGAGGAGAACUAUGCAACUGUCGCAAAGGAAGAUUUAGAACUCUUUCAGUCUUUGGCAAUUGAAAUACCUGCGGAAUGUGUUGCUGAUAUUGACUCGACCGCACCAUCGAAUUCUAAGCAAUAUAAAAUCUCUGCUUGGAUUAAUAUUGUCUGUUCAUCGGAAUGGAGCGUGCUGGCUGCGAUUUUUCUGAUUGUCAUUCUGAUUGUCAUUGCAUCGAUUCUUCGCUGGAGCGAAACAGGACAACUACUUUGCAAUACGCCAACUAUGAUCAUCGAAGCCUUCUUCCUGAUAGUUCUGAUUCAGGCUCAUAAUUGGGCCGACAAGAAGCGCCGGCUUCAAGUAUCUGCCCUAUACGCGCGUCGGACAACUCUGCUUUCUUACGUAGAGAGGAGUUAUCCACUUUAUUAA